GGGCCUGCCAGGCACGCUGGUACGUGCACUCGCGCAGCACAUAAGGGCUUACCGAGCAAUCGCAGCCAUCUACAUCGACCCCGCUCACUCGUAUGCUCGGGCAUUUGGGCACCCACCUGCUUUCGCUCACCCGCUUACCCGCCCGCUCAUCCACUCGGCCACCUGCCAGCCCACGCGACCGUGGCAAACCGGCGAGGUCAAUGAACCCCUCGCGUCAUGCGCGCGCUGGCGGACGUCCAUCCGCCGCCGCCAUACAGGCGCUCGCCUUGUGCCCGCCGUGCGCAAACACGCCCACAAGCCUAGUCUGUCGCGCCAACAACCGCUCUCGACGCGUACGAGGACACGAGCGCAUCACUGGCAGCCUGCCACGCGGUCGUUUGUGGUGCCCACACACGACGAGCAGCAUCCGCUGCUGCCCAUCAUGGCCCAUUACUGCCCUGCCUGUCUGCGUGCUCGCCCAUGCACUUGCCCGUCCGCACACGCUCGCCCAUCCGCUCGCUCAUGCACCUGCCUGCUCGCACAGCACCUGCACCCCUGUCAGGCACACCCGCCCCCUCGCCUGCUCGCCCGCCGUGAGCCUACCGCCUGCCCUCACUGUUAGCCAAUUCGCGGAUCAUCCGAGUCAUACUCACGCCUACUCACGCCAUAGCAUGCUGAUUUGGGACCAACAUCACUUAGAAUACAUUAGGCUACUUCAUUACGGUAUCUACUUGUACCCGUCGACGCGAAAAUGUGUACACAGCUUAAUGCGCUUCGCUGCAUAUCACGAAACAGUUGGUCAGACUACUAGUAAGAAAUAUUGUGAUCAGUGACAAUAGGGCAGUAAUAACGGUUUACAAUUAGUCAGUAGACUAUAUAAUGUGAAUCUAAUCAGCUCGUUAUCGGCGUCAUUGUUUGGUCAGUCCAGCUCCGCGGAGUCCACGUGGACAAGUCC